UUCAAUUCUUUCCUCCGUAAGUGACAAUGGCGGGAAAACAGAUUUCUGGCGACGGCUUGUCGGCGAACCUCGCCGGGAUGUCGAAGAGCCAGCUAUACGAGAUCAUGUCUCAGAUGAAGAAUCUCAUCGAGCAGAACCAGCAGCAAGCGAGGCAGAUCCUCAUUCAGAAUCCGAUGUUAACUAAAGCGCUUUUUCAGGCACAAAUUAUGCUCGGAAUGGUGCAGCCCCCUUCAGCGAUUCCAAAAAUUCAGCCAACAGUCUCACAGAGCGCUCAGCAGCCAGUACAGUUGACGCAACAACCAAACAUUCAGCCUGCUCCGUUUUUGCCUGGGCACGGUGGUCUACAUGAUCAAGCAAGUGUAUCACAAAACCAAAUUCUUCCCAGGAAACACCAAAACCAACCUCCGGUUCCUAUCUCAUCUGCUGCUAUCCCUUCAGCAAGUCAUCAAUCUCAGCCCAUGCCCGCACAUUCUUUGCAGGUGCCACAGCAACCUAAAGGACAUCUGACUCCCCAAAUGGCCCAUGUGUCUCUUCCACAAUCAUCACAACUUCCUAAUGUACCUCCAUCCUCUCUUCAUUCAUCUUCACAGCCCCAUCAAACCCAAAUCCCUAAUGCCUCCACUCAAUUGCAGCAACCACUGCAGGCACCUGGAUUUCCACAUAUGCCGCUGCAACCACCAAUGCAAUCACAGCCCAGACCACCUUCAGGACCCAAUUUUCAUCACCAGUAUCCCCCACAAAUGGGUGCCAAUAUAGGUUUUCCUCAUGCCAGUGGUCCUCACAAUCUUCCGCAACCCAUCUUUCAUCCAGGUGCAAAGCCAGCAAGUGUUGGCCUAUCAUUCCCACAGGGCCUGACUCCAGUUCCGAGUCAACCAGCUACCCAGUCACCUUAUCAAGUUGGGGGAGCUGGAAUUGCGGUGCCAGUUGAUAGAGGGACUUCUAGGAUACCUGGUCUCUCGGAAAACAUGACACAGCUUUCUGGUCCUCCGGCACCUCCGUCAUUACUUCCUGGCCAGAUGGGCGUUGGCAAUCAGCCUCUUAGGCCCCCUUCCUUGACACCUGAGAUGGAGAAGGCACUACUUCAGCAGGUUAUGAGCCUCACACCAGAGCAGAUAAAUCUCCUGCCUCCGGAGCAGAGGAAUCAAGUGCUACAGCUGCAACAAAUGUUGCGUCAAUGAAACAAACAAAGCUAUAUACCAAAGAAAGCAACAAAUGUUCCAAGAUACAUCAGUUGCAGGAUUAUUUGGGGCGCUGAUCUUCCAAUCCAACCAUACUUGCGGGCAGAGAAUGGGUGCAUCAAAAUUCGAACUGAGGGGCUGUGAUGAAGGGUUGCUACGUGAGCCGACUCCGUUCAAGUUGUGACAUAUUGGACUUCAAUUUGUCUAUAAAUUGAUUUGUCUGCACUGGAUGAAUUUUGGGGCCUUUAUUUAUUUAUUUAUUUUAUAAUAUUAGUAUCAUGUAGUGGCAGUUGGGUAGCCUGAUUUUCCUUCAAGGGAUUUGAUAGAUAGGUGAAAUGAAAAAAUGUGAUGUAUUUAAUCCGUAACUGCACACCGCCUAUGAAGGCUGGGUAGUGGAUUGGGAAUUUUUUAUUUGACU